AUGCUCAACAACAAAACUUCCGGGCCGCCAUCAACGAAGAGAAUGGGUUCUCGUACCAUACAACAUGCCCAAGCAACACAAGAGAUCCGAAAUACAGAGAAAACUGUUACACCUAACGAAAAACAUACAAACAACAAAUUAUCAACAACACCUAAUAAUAUCAUAGUUCGGAAGCUACCAACGAUCAUACAAUCCAGCAACAAUGCAGCCAAAGCGCCCGUUGUUCGAUAUCAUAAUAUAGAUGACGAUGAUGAUCCCGAAGAAGCAAAAUAUUCUCAAAAACCCCAACCACAACAAAAUAAUCAAAUAUCAGCAACACCUCACGUACCAACAACCUCCAAAGUCAUUGUAAAUAAUGUUCGUCAACUUAGUAGUCAUAAUCAGCUCAAAACAACAGAGGGAAAAUCAAAACCUCCACAAACGAGCAACAACAUGCCAACUACCCUUACAGCCACCAAAAACCCCCCAACCCCUUACCAUUCAAACUCACCUCAACUGUGUACAAGAAAUGACCAUUUCCAAUCAAAAAUUUUUGCUAACGCAAAUACGGAAUCUUUGGACGCCCUUACUAACCAAUUCAAGAGGCUUGGAACUUUUCCUAUAAAUCAAAAAGAACAUUCUAUCACUAACUUCUCUGAAGAGUGGAUGAGAAAAAAGAAAGCGGCUAUCAAGAGACGAAAAACAAAGUUACGAAGCGAAGAGCUGGCAAGAAAGGUUAUAAAUCAUUGGAAAUGGUUUGCUAGAAAUGGACUGAAUGAAAUUAAGGCCAAAAAUAUGAGAAAUAACACUCUAAUUUUUAAAUGUUUUCAACAUUGGAAGCGAAGAAAAGAAGAUAGAGAAAAUAUUUGGAAACGAGAAUUUAUCAUGCAAACCCGACACAAAUUUUCUGUCAUGCAAUACUUUUUUAUGAUAUGGAGGCAACAAUUGAACAAUAAUUUACAAAAAGAACAAGAACUUUCAGAUGUGGCAUGUAAACACUUUAUCAAAAUUUUGAAAAUCCGAGCCCUCAAAUCAUUGCAGACAAGUUGUGAAAUACGUCGCACCAAACGAUAUUCAAUCCUGGUUGCUGACAAGUUUGAAUAUCAAAGAAACGUGAGAAGAGUCAUUGGUGCUAUUAAAGAAAUCAAAAUUAUGAGAGAUAAGAUAAAUUUUGGAGAAUCCCAUUAUACAAACGUUUUACUACGUAAAGCAUGGUCAGCUCUGAAACAGUAUAUUCAAGAAGAAGCUGAAAUUAAGAUUAGAAAGGCCACCGAAUAUUAUGAUCUUUCCAUCCAAAGAAAGGCCUUUGGGGCAUUAAAACAGCAAGUCGUGAAAUACAUAGAGAAGAGAAAAAUACUGGCAACAAAAUUAGAAAUUGUGGACAGGUUUUUCAAAAAUAAGACGUUAAGAAUGGUAUUCAAUUGUUUGGCGCAGUAUUGUCACAUGAAAACAGAAAAGCGUAAGAAAUUGAAUCAAGCCGAAGAGUAUUUCAGAAAUACAUUCUUGUCCUCAUACUUCAAUAAUUGGAUAAUAACCUUACAUAAUAAGAUGCAUUUCCAAGAACUAGAGAAUAUUGUUGUUCAAAAGCAAAGAAAGAGAGAAUUGAAACAAGUACUGAUGACGUGGAAGGAUAAACUGUGUACACAACGACAUGCAACUGUUUUAGAAGAGAAGUCUGAACGAUUCCGUUGUGAAUCUUUGAUAAGAAAAUCUUUGUUUGCACUAAGCAACUAUCUCCUUUUAAGAAAAGAAAAACAUCAGCUCUCAAACAAAGCAGAAAUUUUUCAUCGUUUUUCAUGUUUGUAUAAGGGUUUUAGACAGUGGAAGGAUAAUUAUUUACUUGAGGAACAGAGAACCAAAUCGCUUCAUGACAAAAUUCAACCCAUCUUGAGAAGAAAACACAAGUUUCUUAAAUCUAUUGUGCUACGAGCUUUGGCUCAGCAUGCUUGUACUCAAAAAGAAAAAAAAGCGAAAGAAGACAGUAGAGUUGCAGAAUUAAAAGCAAUAUUGGAAUGCUCAAAAGUUUCACGCAUAUUUAUAGCUUGGCGACACUAUUAUGAGAAUAAGGUAAUUGAGAGAAUCAAUAUUGAGAGAGCAGCUCUUCAUCAUAAUCGAAUACUGAAAGAAAAGGGAAUGAAACAGCUAUUUGCCUAUGUUUUAUUCAGGAGAAGGAAUGAAGAAUUGCAUAGAAAAGCUCUACAAUUUUCAUUGAAAUAUUUAGCGAAACCUAUUUUCGAUCUAUGGAAUAACAUUGUUCAAAAACGAUUGAAUGAUAAGUGCAGCUUGAAAAAAGCAGAUUUUCUCAUGAAGAAACAUUUGGCAAAGAAGACAUUUGCAGCAUUGAAGAAUUAUGUAUACUAUGCUCGAGUGAAGAGCAAGUUAGAGAUUGAAGCGUUGGAGAAUAGAAAUGCACUCUUGUUACGAAGAGGAUUAAUUCAGUGGAUGGAGUCUGCCUGUGAACAUCAUGCUCAACGAAUGAGAAAAAUCCAAUUAGAUCACACAAAGAGUGAAUUUGAAGCUUUGCAGAGAGUUGAAAAGUAUGCCAGACAUUGGUUAUAUAUUACUAUUAGAAAUGCUCAAAAACGAGGCUCUUAUUUGUUUAGUGGCUAUAGAAAAACAAACAUUACGCAAUCAGAUCAUCAUCAACAACAGAAUGCGGCAUUGGAUCUCACCCAGAGUAGAGGCCCACCAAAAAGAAGACCGUCACCAAGAAUUCCCAACGAGUUACUUUUCAACUUUCCCAUCAAUCCUCAGGAUUCAUUGAUCGAUACCACUCAUUCUCAACCUUCAAUGAGCGACGAGGAAUUGAAAGUACAAAAGCAAGUUUCCUUCCAAAUACAAGACUCCUCUCCAAUCAUUGCAAACUCUCCAAUAGGACACAAUGAAAAUGUUCGAAAUACUAACACUGACUCUUCACUCAUCGAAGAAAUUGACAAAAUCAAGAAUGUUCUGGAGGAGUUUGAAAACAACUGGACCCCAAUCUAUGAAAUGGAAAAAGACAAGAGAAAGUAUUUGAGGGAAUUGAUUGAUAUUGAGGACGACUAUACCAACAUUCAAGAGCUGACAUUGGAAUUGAAUCAUCUUGAGAAAAGGGCAAAGACCUAUCUGAAAUUUAAACGAGAAGAGUUGCCAAAACUUAUUGAACAACUUCAUCGGUUACUACUGUCAUCAUGCGAUCCAGCAUUGUUGUAA